UGAGAUGGGCACCACCACCACCGCCGCUCCACCAAGAAACCCCAUCAUUUCACAUCCCUCAAAGAUCAAGCAGAUGGCGCUAGAUGAGUGCAUUCCUUGCGAGUCCCAACCACAGCCCAGAAAGCAAUUCAGAUAGGAGUGAGGGCAAAGCAACCAAGGUCAAGGGCCUCAGCCCUCGGGGCCAAGACAGUGGAAUCUAGGAUGAUUGCAGGGGGGCGGAGAGGGACAGAGAUGGCCACAACUGCAAUCCCCAUUGCCCCACUCGAACUCGAGUGCACCUCGUCUUGGUGCUCCGGGGACCUUUUACAUGAUGUCUGGUCGCUGCAUUUCCCAUCCCCUUGCUUUUUUUUUUCUUCUCCUCCACAAGCCAAACCACUAGAAAUGCGUAGAGGAAAAUAUAAAUAAAUGCAGAAAAAGGAGAAACCUUCCAUACGCUUCUUAAAUGCAAUAUUUAUUCCAUCCAUAUAAGGAUGCAUGUAGAGGAAACGGACUACCAGCGCUGAGCCGUUCCGUUUCUUUUCAAUCUUGGCGUUUUGUCUCCAUUCAAUAGGGAAAGGGAUGUUUCGCUUGAGGCUUUCCUUUGUGCCUGUGUCUUCUCUGUAGCUUUCAAGAGAAUAAAAAUUUGGAGCUUCUCUCGCACCAGCGUCCUUUCCUUCUUCCUUGGUUUCAUGCUGACAACUAGGGCUGAUCUUCAGGACGGCCUGUUCUUGGUUCGGUUCCUGAGAGCGAUUGAUAGGUCUGAGAUUAUAUAUUGGUGUCGUUGUUGUUUGUUUUUUUUCGUGCUCAUCCGUUGCUAAAUAAGCAAACCAUCAGCCCAUCAGCUUACUACAAGCACUCUUUUGCCUCCUUUUCUGUUCUUGGUGUUCUUGGUGAGACACAGCGCCAGACGGAGUUUCUUCUUUAGGAGUCGUGCACUAUGGGUAAUUGCUGGUUUAAGGGGAAUCCAUACUUUAACAGGGUUUCUUCCAAUGCAACCAAAGCAGAAUCUCCCAAAAUUCAGAGCCCCUCGGAGAGAACUGAAAAGGAGGAUUGCCAGCUACCAUCCAACCCGAAAGAGGUGGAGGCGCUGAGAAAGGAUACAGCUCGCAAUCCUUUGAUAGCGUUCACAUUUGAGGAGCUCAAGAGAAUGACAAAAAAUUUCAGGCAAGAUUCGUUACUAGGCGGUGGUGGAUUUGGCAGAGUCUACAAAGGUUUUAUCACCAAGGAUCUCCGCGAAGGGUUAGAGAUAGAAGAGCCCACAAGAGUUGCCGUUAAGGUCCAUGAUGGUGACAAUAGCUUCCAGGGCCAUAGGGAGUGGCUGGCUGAGGUUAUAUUUCUUGGACAGCUCUCUCACCCGAAUUUAGUGAAGUUGAUCGGCUAUUGUUGUGAAGAUGACCACAGGGUCCUUGUUUACGAGUUCAUGCCUCUAGGAAGUGUGGAGUCUCAUUUGUUUUCAAGGGUUAUGGUGCCACUUACGUGGUCGAUCAGAAUGAAAAUUGCGCUCGGUGCUGCGAAAGGACUUGCUUUUCUGCAUGAAGCUGAGAAGCCCGUCAUCUAUCGGGACUUCAAGACAUCAAAUAUAUUACUAGAUGAGGAAUAUAAUGCAAAACUAUCUGACUUUGGGCUUGCAAAAGAUGGACCAGUUGGCGAUAAGUCCCAUGUUUCAACUCGUAUUAUGGGUACCUACGGUUAUGCUGCACCAGAGUACAUUAUGACAGCUAUGGUGUUGUACUACUGGAGCUCCUCACGGGCCGGAAGUCACUGGACAAGUCCCGGCCAGUCAGGGAGCAGAUGCUGGCAGACUGGGCACUCCCAUUGUUGGCACAGAAGAAGAAGGUGCUUGGCAUAGUAGACCCAAGGCUUGCCGAGGACUACCCAGUGAAGGCAGUGCAGAAGACGGCGAUGCUGGCGUACCAUUGCCUCAGCCGCAACCCAAAGGCUAGGCCGCUGAUGCGCGACAUCGUCGCGACUUUGGAGCCUCUUCAACAGCUGGAGGAGACCCCUGGAGACAGCGUGGCAGUGACACUUGAAGGGACUUGAAGCAGUGUUCCAUUCACAGCUCACAUCACAGUCACACACAGCUCUGGAAAACUCGGGUGCCACGUACUUAACUAUGCAUGAUAAUAGUAGCUAGCUAGUGUUCUUGAUAUGCAGGAUGAUUUCUUGAUUGUUUAAUUAAUCCAUGGAGACAGUAGCUUUGUUCAGCAGAAAGUUAGUGUGUAUCUCAGUAGGACGGUUCAUGUGUGUGUAUCCAGGUGUUCAGUCCUGGCGUAGCGAACUCCCUGGCAUUUCGGAUGCGGGCAAGUCUGUGCAAUCUGUAUUUGCAAUGCUUGUUGCCCGCAGAGGAAGCUUGCUUACCAGUGUUUGUAACCUAGUAUUGUGCAGUUCAUGAUCUAUGCAUGUUGAAUAA